AUGUCUGAUCUUCCAAUAAUUAACUUUAUAAAUUUCAAUCAAAAUGGCACAUGCAUAUCAAUAGGGACAUCCCAAGGGUUUAAGAUAUUUAAUUGUGAGCCUUUUGGUAGAUUUUAUCAGGAUGAUGAAGGAGGAUGUGGAAUCGUAGAGAUGCUUUUCUCUACCUCCCUUUUAGCUGUUGUUGGAAUGGGGGAGAAUCCAGCCAUGUCUCCAAGGAGGCUAAGGAUGCUAAAUACAAAACGUCAUUCUGUUAUUUGCGAGGUUACAUUUCCCACAACUAUAUUAUCGAUCAAGAUGAACAAAACGCGGCUUGCGGUACUUCUUCAGGAACAGAUAUAUAUAUACGAUAUUAGCAACAUGCGGCUUCUCCACACAAUUGAGACAUCGAUGAAUGCGCAGGGUUUAAUGUCAAUGUCACCCAACUCUGAGAACAACUAUUUAGUGUACCCUUCUCCUCCAAAGGUAAUUAACUCUGAAAUCAAAGAUCAUGCCACGACAAACAACAUAAACAUCAAAAAAUCCGAUGCUGCAGAGGAUCCACUGAGGAAAGACCACUUUGCUUAUGAUCCUUCUGAUCAUUCCCACCCACAAUCAACCACGGAAUCUACUUCGAAUAACCACAACCGUACCUACAGUAGUGGCAACAAUAAUAACACCAACAGUAACCCUAAUAAGAUCAUCAAAAAUGGAGACGUAAUUGUCUUCAAUUUACAAACUUUACAACCAACAAUGGUGAUCGAGGCCCACAAGGGGGAGAUUGCUGCUUUAAAACUAAGUGCAGACGGAACUUUACUAGCUACAGCGUCAGAAAAGGGUACUAUUAUUCGAGUUUUCAAUGUAGAAAAUGGAAGUAAAGUGUACCAAUUCCGUAGAGGGACGUAUUCGACAAAGAUUUCUUCCCUUUCAUUUAGCAAGGACAACCAAUUCCUAGCGGUGUGCUCGUCUAGUAAGACAGUUCAUAUCUUCAAGCUUGGGGAAAAAAUUAUCGAUAAUACUAAGCCAAAUGAAUUAAACAGCGAUGAUGAUAUGGAUGAUGAUCUACUACCGCAGUUUGAGAACGGCGAUGAUGAGGAGGAAGUUGAUGAAGAAACACUAGAUGAAGAAGCAACAAGCUUAAACUCAAGCCAUAGCAACAAGGAGCCCAUAGUAGACUCAUCAAGAAGCACAGUGGGACGUAUGAUCCGAAAAUCAUCACAACGGCUUUCACGAAAGGCUGCCAAGACACUAGGUGCUUACUUCCCAAUAAAAGUUUCUUCAAUUCUUGAACCAUCUCGUCAUUUCGCAAGUCUUAAAAUAUCUACCACUACAAAUCAGCCUAUUAAAGCGAUAGCUGCUAUUGAUGAUCCUAUCAGUUUAAAUACGAACGAAUAUCCGGAUUUGUUCGACACUUCAAACCAAGCUGACCACCAGAAUACAGACGGACUGAAAAUGAUACCUGUAAGGGUUCUAUCAAGCGAGGGCUACAUGUAUAAAUAUAUACUGGAUCCAGAACGUGGAGGAGAUUGUAUUCUAUUGGAGCAGUACUCCCUACUCUCGGAGUAA